GUUCCAGUAAAUUCACCUCACUGCUGAUGAUGUGGCUGGCCAGGGAAGAAAAACAUAUCUAAAGCAGAAAGCAGAGUCACUCAGCAAGAUUCAUCAUGUCAGUCAAACUUUCCAAGAAGCUGAGCAGCAAGAAAAAAAAACCUGCAAAGGACAAUGCACAGACAGAGAUCCUACGUAAGCUCGGCCUGGAUGCACCACUGGACCCAGCAUCUAUCUUAGACAUCAGUACUUGGACUCUGGAGAUUGGAACUCCUCUAGAGCCCAAGGAUUUACCGAAAGCUUUCCUACAACGUCUUUGGCUGCUUGAUCAAGAUGCUCGGAGUCCUUUCUGUCAACCUCCAUGUGAUGUUCCUAACAAUGACAACACCUCACCUGAGGAGACACCCAUUGGUUUUGAAGGAGACAGCCAGUGUAUCGUCAACCCCCUUGAUCUAGUUACAGGUGUCUAUAUGUCUGCCAACACUUUCCUUCAGCAGGAGAUGGCUAUGCGCAUGGUGCAGUGUCAGUUUGCUGUGCCUCUGGUCCUUCCAAACACAGAUCCGGAGGAACCCAGUCGCUUCCUUCUUUGGCCUUUAAGAGGUGUUGUGAGCCAGUGGAUGUCCCACUCUCCAGAAAAAAAUUAUAGAGUCGAAGAGGGGGAUUUGGCAAGUACAUGCAUGUCAAUGGUAUCAUGCGUAAAGCUUGGCCAUUGCAGUGUAUCUAAGUCCAAGGUGCUAAAUCAUGUCCUAAAUGGACUCAGACCACACAAUGAAACAUUUCUCCACAGGGGGGUGGGUGGAGGGCAGGUGCCUCGAAGACUUGCAAAUGGCUUAGUAGAGAUUAGAUGGUGUUUACCCACUGGAGAUAUCACCAAAGAUAUUUUCCCUGUCCCUGUGGUCAUCUCUAAUCUACGAGGAGAUGCCAGUGCCCAUGAGAUGUGUUUCCGUCUUCUAUGUCAAGCAUCCUCAGCUCUGGUUAUUUUCUGUGGUGAUCUCAGGGAGAAAGACAAACAGCUUCUUGUAUCCUGCAAAGACAUGGCAAGCAAGCUCAUAUUGAUUGACCUUUCAGACACAGAGGUUAAUGAGAAAAGAGUUGUGGGUUUUGUUGGUCAGAACCUUGAAGGGCACAUGGGACUUCCUGAAGGAUCUGUGCUUCCAUGGAAUGGUUUGAGUGAGGAGGAACUGGCGUAUAAUUUGUGUGAUACCCUGAAAAACCUGUUACCAGACAGACUGAAACCUGUUACACUUGAGGCUGCAGAAAAAAUAGCACUGGAGUUAGGCCUAAAUGUGGAUGAAGGCGCUGUCUGUAAAAAGGCUAUGGCUACAGUGGAGGACAUGUUGAAAGGUUUAGAUGAGGGAUCUUCUGAGUUCAGACUGAGACAGCUUCCUUUGCAGGGGGUUUUGUGGAGAAAACUGGCAGAACUAGAAAAAGAGGAGAGUAAACAGAAAAAAGAAGGAAAGGAAUCAGAUACCCAACUGCAAACAGAAAAGAAAGACAUCAUGGCCGAGUUAUGCAGUUACAGGAUGACCUCAGCUAUGAAAAUCUUCACUGAUGCUCUUUACACGACAGAUAAAGCAGAGAGGACUUACUUCCUUAGUUGGCUCAAACUGAGGCUUCGGCAAAUGCAAACUGAAAAACAAAACAGUCCACAAGAGCUGGUCACAAAUCUGCAGACAGAAAGAGAAAAUGGCAUGCCUGAACAUUUGGAUGAGGUUGAAAACCUAGAUGACAGUGAUAGUUUCUGCACAGAUUCAUCACUUGAGGAGGAAACUGAAGAGCAGCCUGCAAAUACAGAACUGCAAGGUUCUGAGCAACAAUGUGAAAUCAGCCAAGAGUUACAGAAUAUUUUACCAUCUACAGAAGAGAACACAGAACCACGGAGAGAACACGAGUUGCUAAAUGGGGCAUCAAAUGAAAAGGGUGAAGAAAUUAUUGAAGACAAUGUCUGUUUUCAAGAGAGGAUUUCACAUCCAGCCUCUGAGAGUCAGAAUUUAGAAUCUGGAGAAAAUGGCACUUUUUGCCACCAAGGGCAACAGCUAGAUGAACCAGACUUGACUUCUUCAAGCGAACAACAAAUGUACAGAGACGAUUCGUUAGAAGAACAGGUACCUACAUGUUCACAGAUGCUUGAACCUGACCCCUCCUCAUUGGGUCUUGAGCACUUUUUGCGUGAAAUGGGCCUGAUUUUUGAGCUAACACACAUCAGCCCAGGCAGUGGGAGCCACAAUGUGUUGCGUUUUCCUAGCUUAGCUGCCGACCUUCUUCUCUAUGGGAUUCCACUUGAAUUAAUGGAUGGAGAAUCCUCUAAUAUCCCCACCAGCUGGCUGGGUUGUGUCUUUGCAGAGCUCAAACGCCGCCUACCUCAAGAACAGUGCAGGACUCGAGUGCUGACAAACCUUGGUGUGCAUCAUUCCAGGAAUGCUGAGGUUCUUUCAACAUUAUUUGGAGUGACAUUCCCUGAAGGGAGAAAAAGAUCCACUCGAGGUCUGUACAUGAUUGUUCUGUGUCUUCCUGAUAAUCUUCGAAAGGACAUGGAGUGUGAUUUCCUGUUGUUAAUUGAUGUAGAAGGUCUCUGCUCAUUCCCACAAGACAGCGAAAGCAAUACACUCCUCCACGACAAUGAGAUGGCCACUGUUGCAGCAGGAGUGAGUGAUAUUUUACUUCAGAACAUUUCUUCACAUGGUGGUUAUGAGUUUGAAACAAACUUCACUGUUAUGGUCAAUGCUCUCCUUCGCACCAAAGAAUGUGGAAAUGUGCCUGUUUGCCAACUCCUGUCCCAGGAUGAAGGACUCAACAGCAUUUUGCAAGUCUCACAGCUAAAGCGGGUUUCCAAUAUGCUUCAGACUGAGACUAAGGAUGGAGAAACUACCAGUGAUGAAAACCAUUAUCCAAAAACCACAAGCUGCGUCACCUGUGUCAAUUGGCCUUGGUCCAUUACAUCCCUCUCAGAACCAGUUGAUACACAGUACAGUAAGGCUAUCUUAAAACUUAAGGAAAACCUGUUUGGGGCUUUGAAAGUGUGUGCAGAUAAUCCCAAAGCUUCAGGCCUGCCUGAAUUUAUGAAACAUCUGUCUGAUGUUUGGGAUUCAGUGAAAGCAGAUUCAUUCUCCAUUAGCCUUCAAAAUACUGACAUAGCUUUAGCAUUUUCUCUGUUAUGCACAGAAUUUUCCCAGUGGGAGGAUAGUUUCCUGGAAAACACAGAAAACUGGCUAAUGGGGGCAACACAGAAAAUUUUUGCUGAGAAGGCAAAAGCUUUGGAUGCUGCAACCCAAAAUGAGUAUCUGAGUGAACUGAAGAAUGAAGCUAGAGAAGAAGUAAAAGCUGGGGUGAGCAAAGUCAGGUCAAAACUUGAGGCCUAUUUGGCAAAAGAUGCUGCUCUUAAAAGCAACACAGAAACAUUCAGGCCAGUCCUACUGUGUUAUAUGGACAGCCUCCAGGAUAGAGUGACUGAAGCAAUACUACAAAGGUUGGAGACAGUCAAUGAGAGCCAUUGUUCUUCCUCACAGAUGAAAAAAUUUGAGACCUUGCUGGAUGAAGAACAAGAGUCCAAGUUGUAUGCACUGGCAGAAACAAGCAAGGCAACUAAAAUGCUCUUACAAGACACGGAGCUGGAAGAGGAGUUUGAGGGUGUGUGGAGUAAGACAUUGUCCAACUUUGACUUCAGGCCUUCUGAAACAGAAGAUAUUACUGCAAGAGUGACAGAGGUUCUGAAACAGAAUCUAAUCAGCUGUGGCCACCAAAAACACAUUAAAAAGCUUGAAGACAUUGGCCAAACCCAGACAUCCAAAUUCCAAGUUUAUGAUGAGCAUUUUGGAUACCGCAGCAGAUUAAAACACAUGUUUGAAGACAACAAUAGACAACAGAGAUUAGAAGCUCAACAGUUGGCAUACAAAAUCAUAGAAGAAUACAAUCAGUUUGUGGAAGAUAAAUGUAGCUUACCAGCAGAUUUCUCCGACAGUUACAUUACCGAACUUUUAGAAAAUGUUGAAAAAGCUUUGAAGGAGAAACCCAUGGAAAUCAAAUCAGCCUUUGAAGUCGAUCUGAAAGUUCAUCUCUGUGCCAAUGCAUGCAAAGACUUCCAAAAACUUCAUGACCGCUAUGCUAAAGAUAGAGAACUUUUGAGAUGGAUUACUACGAGAAAGGAUAUGUACUCAGCGGAGUUUAUCUACAACUUCAGGAAGAGAGACCAGUGCCAGAGGGUGGCCCAAGCCUUCAGCUCCAUGGUCAUCAAACCCACAGUUUUGGACUACAUCCAUAAACCCCUGGGGAUGCUCAUUGUGGAUGAGAUCCAGGCCAAAGCUCAACAGUAUCAGUCCCCACGAGCUUUCCACCAAAGCUUGCUGGAGGAGCUGAUUAAAGAUGACCAAUUUGAAAGCUUUUUGGAAUAUUUGCUUUCCUAUGACAACUUUAGACUGAAAAAGAUCCAGGACACGGUGGUGGAUCACCUCUCUGAAUCAACAAAUUUGGGUAAACAGAGGCAGCAGAGGCUUGGCGAAAUUGUCGGAAAGAUUUCAGCAGCUGUGAGCCAAGCAGCAGAAGGUACCAAUGGAGUGCUGAGAGAUACAAAACCACUGCUUGAGAGUGUGUGUCUCACUUUACAGAGUGAUGGGGAUGUUGAUGUCAACAGAGAGUCUCUGACUGGACCACUAUUCAGUAUCACCACAGAAUGGGAUUGUUUUGUGAAACAUUUAAUGGAGUUACUGGCAACAAUGAGACUGGAUCUUUUCCAGGAGUUUUCCCAGAAUGUCGAUAUCAGUCAGCUUCUUGAGUACCUUCCAGAUCAGCCCCACGACUGCCUUUUUAACAGAGUGAAGGGAUGUGACAAGAAAUGUCCUCUGUGCGGAGCCCCUUGUGAGGAGGAGGAGAUGGGACAUGUGGUUCACAAGGCCUUGCUACAUCGACCCAAAGGCUUGCUGCCUAAUGACUCCUCUUCUCUGUCCUGUAUCACUGGCCCAGAAAACACAACUCAGGAUAUAUCCAUGAAAUGCCAGGACCUCCAUUCUCUCUACCCAGACUGGAGCAUUUCCCCCGAUGACCCAAACUGCCAAAAGGCCUCUGCUUACUGGAGGUAUGUGUUGGCAAGGUUUGGCGAGAGGUUCUCCAAUGCCUUCAACCAGGAGAAAGUAAAGAUUCCUGAAGAGUGGAGGAAUAUUACUCAGGAGGAGGCCUUAGACAGUCUGAACGAGGCCCUCCUCACCAGACAGAGUGGCUAAGAAAUUGUAUUCAUUGAGCCUGGAAUUUGUGGUACUUUAAAUUUCCAGACUCUAACUUCACCUGAAUGCCACAGUGCUUUAUUUUGCAUGUUGUUUUUACAGUUCUGCAUGUGACCCUGGCAUUUUUGGAUCAGAUUCAACUCUCAUUAAUCCAGAACACUGAUUUAGAUGAUUAUUUUCUUUUACUUAUUUCAUUUAUAGUUAUGUGUGCCUUAUAUAAAAUUGUCGUUUUAUAUUAACCUCUUGUGACCCAACUUUCUUUGAUUGUUUCCACUAUCAAACAGUGGGAAAGGGUACUACCUAGUUUUGAAGAGAACUUUUUUGUGGCCAUUUAAACCUCUGUCGUUUAGAAAGUACUAUGCCCUGAAAUUUACAGAAUCAACAUAUAUUAAAUCUCUUUCUGUUACUUCAUAUUCAGAAAGUGAUUUCUAAUAUUGAAAUCUUUGUUUGGCACGCAUACCAUGUAUGUCAAUGGUAUCAUGCUUAAAGCUUGGCCGUUGCAGUGUGUCUAAGCCCAAGGUGCCAAACCAUGUCCUAAAUGGACAGAACACACAGUGAAACAUUUCUCCACAGAGGGAUGGGUGGAGGGCAGGUGCCUCGAAGACUUGCAAACGGCUUGAUAGAGAUUGGAUGGUGUUUACCCACUGGAGAUAUCACCAGAGAUAUUUGGUGAUUUAAACCUUUGUCAUUUAGUUUAUAUUCAGAAGGUGAUUUAUAAUAUUGAAAUCUUUGUUUGCUUUUUGUUGUAUGAAAAAAUAUACAUUUUAAUGUUAUGGUAUUUAUGUUGUACUGUUUUAUAAUGCAUACAUUAAUUAAUUGUUUGCACCACACACUUUUUUUCUGAUGUCAAGUGUGCUAAAGAUUUUUCAUUCAAAUAUUCUACACUAAAAUUAAAUUUUUAUCUGUUUAACUCUU